AUGGUUACAGCAGCAGAUGAAACCUUAUCGCUUUUUCGACAAAUUAACCGGCUUGCAAGUGAAGGAAAAUGGAAUAGUGUCACUAACGCACCGUGUUUACCAUAUUACCUAAAUGGAGAAGCAAGAGAUGCCUUUCGUAAACUGGUAUGUCGCUUAGCUUUUUCAGAGCAUCCAGAGGACUUUCGUAUUGCCUUUUUCAAGACAAACCCUGGGCAGUUUAUAAAGUUAACCGCGCGAUUGGUCGUAUCUUUCGCUGCAAUCUUCCUUGGAGUGGCAAUUUACGAAUUCGUCGUAUCCGAAGAGAAGCGGCUGAAGUACAAAUAUAGACAUAAACAUCAACAUCAUGCUGAAGAACAUCACUAUAGCCAAGAUGAACGAGAGGUCGGGAGUUACCAGUAUGACUGUGGGGCUGCCGAUGUGAUCGAUCCUGUCCUUUACACUUCGGAGCUAAAAGAGGACAAAGAGAUGCGAUAUGUGGUGAGGGCUUCAAGAUUUUUUUUUCGUCCCCAUCUUUAG